UGCAGACCUUCUCUUUUUUCCCGUUUGGUGACAACAGGGCCGCCUGGGGUGUCGGUGAGAUGCACAAACAGCUGCCGAGAUGGUAUCGAUCACCACAGAUCUGUCACCUGACUCACCUCCCUGACCGGCUCUGAUCUGACGAGUUGAGGUGAGAUAAGGCGGGCAGGAGAGUCUGAUGACCACAGUGGUUUCUGUGUGUUGGUGGCAGAUUUCCGGCACUCUCCGACAGAGGAGGACAGCCCUGUACCGCAGGUAUCUGAGACCAUCAGGGGCAGCCAAGCCGCCGACAGAGGUGCGCGAAGGCAAAGAAAGCCGCUCGGAUGUUCACAGAUCGAUGAGGCGCCACACAUGCAUUCGCUCAUAUGUGGGUGUGCAGAUGUCGGGUGCUGGUGAUGAUGAAGGUGGUGCCGCUAGCUCUGACGAGGCAUCCUCAUCGUCAUCGACGAGAGGGUCGUCGCAUUUCCGGCAACACUCAGUCACACACUACAGGGUAAGAGGACAGCAAGAAGAGCAGCCAAGAAAGGCAAAGAAAGACUCGAAAAGCUCAAAAAUUUUGUUCGUGUCUGACGAUGUGUGGCUGCAGAUCUCUCACACGACGCCUCGCUCAGACCCCAGGACAGUCAGUAUGCAGCCCACUCGCACACCGCCCGCCUCCCGUCCCGCCAGCCCUCCGCUCUUCCAGCCCGCCGACCUCCUUGACAUCGCCAUCAGCAAGGCGGCUGAAAUGGCAAUGUCACCCGACCCCAACAGACGCGCCGCUCUCCACUCACAGAUCAGCAGCAGCGAUCCUGAUGAUGAGAACACGGUGCUCCAUGAGGCGAGGCGCCACGUCGAGAAGGCCUUGGGUCCUCUCGGCCUGCAAGACGUUUUGGCCUUUGACAUCGGCGAUGAUCUGGAGGCCGUCUUGAAAUUCGUCUAUCUGAUUGAGCGGGGCAGUGACGGGGAGUGGCGAGCGGUGGGGCGGUUCCUUCGGCUGGCCUUCAUGUACCGGCUCACCCCUGCCAAUGCGACGCGGCCUCUGCGGCUAUCAGCCAACGCACUGCCCACAGCAACGGUUUUCUAUCAGAUGCCACUCGCCAUGGCCAUCUACAAGAUCAUCGGACAGCAGCUCACAUACAGAGGGACCCGCCUGGCGCUGCAGCAAGGCAAUGACGGGAGCUAUCGGAUCGGCAAUGAGGCGCCCCUUCGUGUGGUACCGUUGGGCGAGCUGCCUGCCGGCCAUCCCUAUACUGAAGGCUACAAGGAGACCGAUCCCGUCAUCCGCUGGGGCGAAAACUGGCUCUUUCCCUCAUUCUCGACAUUCCUGCUGCGCCUGCUGGCUGGCAGGUGGUGCUGUCAACAAGGGGUCGACUGCAUGAGGGUGCUCUCAGCACGAGUCGGCCGUGAUGACCACCGCCGUGGCCGCUUGAUAGCCGAGGGCAUCACAGAGGAUCUGGGCAUCGCUGUCAACUGGCGCAACGACCGAGGCAACCUGAAUGGUGAUCAUGUGGAUGAGUACCGUUUUGUCAUACUGUGCGGCUUCAGACGAGGCGAGACGGUCGCUGCAUAUCUGUGGGUGACGGCCCGCCACAUCGAGCUGUGGACGACCGAGCGACGCGCUUCGAAUCUACCCUCGCUCGUCUUCCGCUUCCCCCUAUCAGUGCCCCUGUGGUGUCGUGUGUUGGCGCGCUUCGAGCUGGAGACCGACGUCAUCAGCAGGGUGAGGGUGCUGGUGUGAGUGGUGAUUGAGCGUUGGUGCAUUUUAUGGGUCUGCCUGUCUGAGGGGGUCGAGCAAGGGCUAUGGCGAUAUCUGUUGAUGUGUGACCGAUUUUCGUGAAUCGUUGAUUUUUCUUUCGGAGACAGAAGCAUUCUGAAUGUGCACAAAUAGCCUUGGAUCGCUACCUUGAGAAGGAAAUGAU